UGACGUGAGCGGUUCGCCGAGUUCCUGGGAAAGAAAGCAAACAGCACGCCGUUGUAAAGUGCAGUGAACAAAUUCGACUUCGCGGUGUUCUACCUACCCAAAAAAAAAUAAGAGGAAGAGUGUACAAAACACAUAUAGGAACCGUGUGCAUUUGUGUCCCCAGAGCCUUCGAUCGAAAGGCUGUCCCACAGAUUUCAAUUGUUUUGAGUGCUGAAACGGCGAUUUCUUGACCGUCGCACUCCCCUUUGGAGUCCCGUUGGAUAACAAGGAUAAGCGCAGGGCGCUUUUUGUGCAUUUUUUUUGGAAACCAACGCUCGGAUCAUCAUGUUCAUACCAGUGGCCCAGUCCGCCUUCAAAGCGCUGCGCAGUGCGCAGCCGCGCGUGCGCCUCUACUUCGUCAGCAAGAAUGCCUACUCGAGUCAGGUGGAGUACAAGCCCAUUCGAUCGGUGCUGGUGGCCAAUCGAGGGGAGAUUGCCAUUCGCGUGUUCCGCGCCUGCACAGAGCUGGGCAUCAAGUCGGUGGCCGUGUACUCGGAGCAGGACAAGAUGCACAUGCAUCGCCAGAAGGCGGACGAGUCCUACCUGGUCGGCAAGGGUCUGCCCCCGGUGGAGGCCUACCUCAACAUUCCAGAGAUCAUUCGGGUGUGCAAGGAGAACGACGUGGAUGCCGUGCAUCCCGGCUACGGCUUCCUCUCCGAGCGCAGCGACUUUGCCCAGGCCGUGAUCGAUGCUGGCCUUCGGUUCAUCGGCCCCUCGCCCAAGGUUGUCCAGAACAUGGGCGACAAGGUGGCGGCUCGUGUGGCGGCCAUCGAGGCCGGUGUGCCCAUUGUGCCCGGCACAGAUGGUCCCGUAACCACCAAGGAGGAGGCCCUCGAGUUCUGUAAGAUGCACGGACUACCAGUCAUCUUCAAGGCGGCAUACGGCGGCGGCGGACGCGGCAUGCGAGUGGUGCGCAAGAUGGAGGAGGUCGAGGAGAGUUUCCAGCGCGCCAGCUCAGAGGCCAAGGCAGCCUUCGGAAACGGCGCCAUGUUCAUUGAGAAGUUCAUCGAGCGUCCGCGUCACAUCGAGGUCCAGUUGCUGGGCGACAAGGCAGGUAAUGUGGUGCACCUGUACGAGCGAGACUGCUCGGUGCAGCGUCGCCACCAGAAGGUUGUGGAAAUCGCUCCGGCUCCGCGCCUACCCAUCGAGCUACGUGACAAGAUGACAGAAGCUGCCGUGCGGCUGGCCCGUCACGUGGGCUACGAGAACGCAGGCACUGUGGAGUUCCUGUGCGACGAGUCAGGAAACUUCUACUUCAUUGAGGUGAACGCCCGCCUUCAGGUGGAGCACACGGUCACAGAGGAGAUCACCGGCAUCGAUCUGGUGCAGUCGCAGAUCCGCAUUGCCGAGGGCAUGACUCUUCCAGAGCUCGGCUACACCCAGGAGAAUAUUCAGCCCCGCGGCUAUGCCAUCCAGUGCCGUGUCACAACAGAGGAUCCCGCCAACGAUUUCCAGCCCAACACGGGACGCCUGGAGGUGUUCCGAUCGGGCGAGGGAAUGGGCAUUCGUCUGGACAGUGCCUCGGCCUAUGCCGGCGCCAUCAUCUCCCCGUACUACGACUCCCUGCUGGUCAAGGUGAUCGCGCAUGCAGGCGACCUGCAGAGUUCCGCCGCAAAAAUGAACCGUGCCUUGCGCGAGUUCCGCAUUCGUGGUGUCAAGACGAAUAUACCCUUCCUUUUGAACGUGCUGGAGAACCAGAAGUUCCUGAACGGCGUCUUGGACACCUACUUCAUUGACGAGCAUCCGCAGCUCUUCAAGUUCCGACCCACCCAGAAUCGUGCCCAGAAAUUACUCAACUACUUGGGCGAAGUGCUGGUCAACGGUCCACAGACCCCACUGGCCACCACCCUGAAGCCCGCCGAGGUCAGUCCUCAUGUGCCCGCCAUUCCACUGGACUUGUCGCCGGAGGCACUAGAACGUGAAGAGCGUGGCGAGGCCAAAGUUACGGAGCCACCUUGCGGUCUACGCGAUAUUCUGGUACGCCAGGGUCCCGAGGCCUUUGCCAAGGAGGUUCGCUCCCGCAAGAACCUGAUGCUGAUGGACACCACCUUCCGCGAUGCCCACCAAUCGCUGCUGGCCACGCGUGUACGCUCGCACGAUCUCCUGAAGAUCUCGCCCUAUGUGGCCCAUAAGUUCAACAAUCUCUAUGCGCUGGAGAACUGGGGUGGCGCCACCUUCGAUGUGGCCCUGCGCUUCCUGCACGAGUGCCCCUGGGAGCGUUUGGAGGAGAUGCGCAAGCGCAUCCCGAACAUUCCAUUCCAGAUGCUGUUGCGCGGAGCCAAUGCCGUUGGCUACACCAGCUAUCCGGACAACGUGGUUUACAAGUUCUGUGAACUGGCGGUUCAAACCGGCAUGGACAUCUUCAGAGUGUUCGACUCCCUCAACUAUCUGCCCAACUUGAUCCUAGGCAUGGAGGCGGCCGGCAAGGCUGGCGGCGUGGUCGAGGCAGCCAUCUCCUACACCGGCGAUGUGAGCGAUCCCAAGCGCACCAAGUACGAUCUCAAGUACUACACCAAUCUGGCCGACGAGCUCGUCAAGGCUGGCACCCAUGUGCUCUGCAUCAAGGAUAUGGCGGGUCUUCUGAAGCCCGAGGCAGCUACACUGCUCAUCACCGCCAUUCGUGACAAGCAUCCCGAUAUUCCAAUCCACAUCCACACCCACGACACCUCCGGAGCUGGAGUGGCGUCUAUGCUGGCCUGUGCGCAGGCUGGCGCUGAUGUGGUUGAUGUGGCCGUUGACUCGAUGAGCGGCAUGACCUCUCAGCCGAGCAUGGGAGCAGUGGUUGCCUCGCUGCAGGGCACGCCUCUGGACACAGGGGUGGAUCUGCGCGUUGUGUCGGAGUACUCGGCAUACUGGGAACAGACCCGCACCCUGUACGCUCCCUUUGAGUGCACCACGACCAUGCGGUCGGGCAAUGCCGAUGUGUACCUGAACGAGAUCCCCGGCGGUCAGUACACUAACCUGCAAUUCCAGGCCUUCUCUCUGGGUCUGGGUGACUUCUUCGAGGAUGUGAAGAAGGCGUACCGCGAGGCGAAUUUGCUAUUGGGUGACAUUAUCAAGGUCACUCCCUCGUCCAAGGUGGUGGGUGACUUGGCCCAGUUUAUGGUUCAGAACAACCUCACUGCCGAUCAGGUGCUGGAGAAGGCUGAGGAGCUUUCGUUCCCCAAGUCCGUGGUGGAGUUCUUGCAGGGACACAUUGGCAUCCCCCAUGGUGGAUUCCCCGAACCUCUGCGCUCCCGCGUUCUCAAGGAUAUGCCACGAAUCGAGGGACGUCCGGGCGCCGCGCUUGAACCUCUGGACUUUGACAAGCUGAAGCAGGAUUUGAAGGAAUCUCAUCCCAAUAUCACCGACCGCGACGUCAUGUCGUCGGCCCUCUAUCCCCAGGUGACCAACGAGUACCUGUUCUUCCGCGAGAAGUUCGGACCCGUCGACAAACUGGACACGCGCAUCUUCCUCACCGGACCCAAGGUGGGCGAGGAGUUCGAGGUGACGCUGGAGCGCGGCAAGACGUUGAGUCUGAAGGCCAUGGCCAUGGCCGCCGAUCUCAAGCCCAAUGGAGAUCGCGAGGUCUUCUUCGAGAUGAACGGCCAACUGCGCACAGUUCACAUUCUCGACAAGGAGGCUGUCAAGGAAAUCCACGUUCAUCCCAAGGCCAACAAGGCGGUCAAGAGCGAGGUGGGAGCCCCCAUGCCCGGCACUGUCAUUGACAUUCGCGUCGCUGUCGGCGAUAAGGUGGAGAAGGGUCAACCCCUGGUUGUACUCUCGGCCAUGAAGAUGGAGAUGGUAGUCCAGGCACCACAGGCGGGCGUUGUCAAGAAACUGGAGAUCGCAAACGGCAUGAAACUCGAGGGCGAUGAUCUGCUCAUGAUCAUCGAGUAAACACCUCAUCCCGCCCAAGCUUUAGGGCUUACAAUGUCCAUUGUCCAUGCUGCCAGCGCACACCUAUUGUAACAUUAAGUCGAACAGUGAUAAUCCUAGGGAUUCUCGUCAGUUGCCACCAAACCACCUAUAGCCCUGACUGUGCAUCUACUUUUUAUAUAUGUAUCUGUAUCUGUAGCUGAGACUAGUUAGGGAGCACAGGUUCUCGCUGUGUGUGUUCUAUGUAUAUUUAUGAUAGUUCUUGGAACCGUCACGACCGUCAUGUUUUAUACCCCGCCACACACUUUUAAGUACCGUUAAAAUUAAACUUGUACGAUUUUUGAAUUUAAGAUUUGCGAAAACUGUCAAAAUUCACCUCCUCCAAUACAUACGUAAGUGGUUAUAAAUGUCAAUAUCUAUAUUGAAAUAAAUGUUAAACAAAUAUGA